AUGUCUUUGAUCUCGUUGUUCCUGAUUGUCUUCUGCGGUUACGCGCUCGCCGCAGAAUCAGAUGAAACGAAACAGAAUAAACGAGGAAUUCUUCCCGAAACUGGCGGAUGGAUAGGAAUACCAAAUUCAUAUGCGUACGGUCACGGGCAACCAUGGUUGGACCAUUCUGGUUGGAAGGGAAUUAAGUUACCAGCGUUCGACCUAGCGCACGGAUUAUACGGCGGUCUGCCAUACGGCAGAGCACCAGCGAUUCCUUUGUCAUUCGGAAGGACCGACAUACUGAAAGUUCCAGUGUAUAUAACAAAGCACGUUGUCCUGGAGAAGCCAGUUCCCGUUCCGCAGGUGAUCCCAGUCCCCGUUGAAAAAAUUAUUCACAAGCCAGUGCCAAUUCCUGUUCCAGUGCCUGAGGCAGUCCCAUUUCCGGUAGAACGGCCGAUUCCGAUACCAGUAAAGCAUCCCGUGGCUGUGCCGGUACAACAACCGUAUCCAGUCCCGGUGAAACAGGGAUUUCCGGUACCAGUACCAGUUCCAGUUCCAGUUCCGGUCCCAGCCCCCAUCGGUCCGAUCGGACCGAUCGGAGCCAUCGGACCAGGCCUCGUCCCUGCGGGAGGAUACGGCCACGGCGGUCAUUUUUAUCCACUGUUCCACGGUCAUGGUCAUGGGCAUGGACAUUUCCACCACGAUUUUCACCAUGAUUUCGGCCACGGUUUUCACCAUGGUUUUGGCCACGGUUUCCAUCACGGUCUCGGCCACGAUUACGGUCACGGCCAUGGUCAUGGCUUUGGCCACGGCUACGGCCAUGGUCAUGGGUUCGGUCACGGCUACGCCCAUGGCUACGGCUACCCGGCUCACCAUGGCCACGGUCAUGGUCAUGAACACAAAAAACGAAGCAAAAAUUGAAAAGAUAUAAUUAUCGAAAGAGGUGGUACAAGUGGCUUUAACACUUUGAGUGUCACGUCAGUCAUAUAACAUUCUGUUCUGACGUGCGUUGCGGAAAAUAUCACGUACCAUUCCGCUGUCACGAAAAAUAACACGUCUCCAUCACAGCAAGUAUCACAUUCGUAAGAUUAUUAGCUGUGAAAAGUACGUUUCGUCUGUUGGUACGCAGACUGAUACCUUCGAGUGUAAUCUCAUAACGAAAAGGAAUGCUAUUUUUCGUUGCGAAAUAAUGCGUUGGUAUUCGUCACAAAAAUCUGAAAUUACUUCUUAUAGGAAAACGGUGCACGUAAUAGAAAUGAUUCCAAUGACCGGAGCUGAAGCAAUUUUUGAUACAUGAACACGUAUGUCAUUUCACGUGUAUAUAGUAUUGUUAUACGUUAAUCUAAAUUACGAUCACUGAUAUCUGUGCCAAUUUUAUUAAUUUCGCGUGUUUUGUGCAUGUUGCACAUUUUUUCUCCAUAUACGAUAAUAGGUAACGUACAUCGUUGCAAGUCAAAUAUAAGCGAAAAAUACCAAAAAUUGAAGUUAUUCUAUUAUUUUUGUAAGUAACGUAGAAUAGUUUUUAUAUACUUAAAAUUUACUGAUACUAUUAUGGUAUUUUAUAGCCAUAUUUUUACACCCAUAUUACAUGUAAUGUUGUUUAUUUGUUUAAUAUGUUUAAAUAAAUAUUUUGAGAACAAUAAAUCUGUUUCAUAUCAUCUCAGUUUGAAAGAGUACAUUUCUCUUUAAUCAGUAAGGAUCAAAAUGUAACACGUUCGUCGUAUUGUAACGUAUAUUAUAUGUACAUAUACAUACGUACUGUACAUAUACUUAUAUACUACAUGCGUACGCUUAGUCCUGUAGAAGUGUUUCUCAACCUGAUAUGACGUACGAAAGACAGUCACCUUCGCAGUGAAAUUCAAUGCAGUAUAAAACAAAUAUAUUCUGUCACGAAAGGAGAAUCAAUUAUUUCAUACGAAGGACAGCAAUUUCUUCGUCCCAGUCAUUACACGAAUACUUCGAGUAAUCUUGGCCUGUGUCGAAAAAAUUAAACCAGAAAUUGGAAAAAUACCGCAAUGAGACGUUGAGAGAUACUUUCUCGUGUCAUCAGUAGCAGCUAGCAGCACG